GCUCUCCCGCAUACCUGGGCGAAAGGUUCACCUGCGCGCGGCGGGGAGGAGGAAGUUCGCUCCGACGUGCGAAGGGGCUCGGGGGCUCGUCAGUCCGUCUUCGGCCGCCGCGCAGCUCCCAGCCGGACGGUUGAAGAGAUGGAGGAAAUGAUCAUCUGGGAGCAAUAUACAGUUACACUGAAUAGGGAUCCCCGGAAGGGUUUCGGCAUUGCCAUUUCGGGUGGCCGUGAUCAUCCAAACAGUACAGAUGGUGACACCUCUAUUGUCAUAUCCGAUGUGGUGCCUGGGGGACCAGCUGUUGGCCGACUCCAAACCCGGGACAAGAUCGCCAUGGUCAACGGCCUCUCCAUGGAGAAUGUGUCGUCGUCGUUUGCCAUCUCCACUUUGAAAACAUGUGGCAAGUUGGCCAAUAUUACAGUAAAAAGACCCAGAAAAAUCCACCUGCCAGUUGCCAGAUCCAGCCAGUCCAGAAGCCAGCCGUCACGUUUGACGGAUGGGGGAAAUGAUGACUCGGAUGAGGACGAUGGUUACCAGGGUGGGGAGUCAGCCCCACCAGGCAGACACCCUGGGCAGAGCCGGCGGCGGACAGAAGCAGAUCAUAACCGCGGUUACGAUGGAGACUCGUCCAGCGAGAGAAGUUCGGGACAUUAUCGUGAUGACGACGGCACCCGCAGGCAGCCCCACAGGAGCCGGAGGCGGAGCCAAGAAGGGGGCCACCGGAGGCGGAGCCAAGACAGUGGGUCUGAUAGGGCCCCUUUGGCCAAUGGUCACAGUCACAAAGGAAGCACCAGCGGGCUUGUCCUGAUGUCUGGGUUUAAGAGACUGCCAAGGCAGGACGUGCCGAUGAAACCCGUCCGGUCAGUUUUGGUGAAGCGGAAGGAGAGCGAAGAAUAUGGACUGAAGCUGGGGAGCCAGAUUUUUAUCAAACACAUCACGGAGACAGGACUGGCCGCCAAGGAUAACUCCCUGCAAGAGGGGGACCUUAUCCUCAAGAUCAACGGCAUUGUCAGCGAGAACAUGUCUUUGGAAGAGACAUGGCAGCUGAUCAAACAGUCCGAGGGAAAACUUAGCUUACUCGUUCUGCGCGACAACAGCCAGUUCUUGGUCAACAUCCCUCAAGUGAGAGACAGCGAUUCGGAAAGUUCCCGCCUGGACGAUAUAUCUGAUCUUGGCUCAGACAUCUUGCCUCCCCCUCCUGUGGCAAAUUCCCCACACUCUCCUGAAUCUCUGAAAAGUGAUUCUCCCGGAUCAAAGAUGGGUUACAGCAGGGAAGAGAUGGCAACGGAAGAGUUGACUUCAACCUCAGUUCCUAAUGCCGAGCAUUCCCCCAGCAACGGCUACAAUUUCCAAGGGAAUAAUUCCGUCGUGCAAAGUGGUGGGAAUUUAGGGUAUAAUCCCGAUUCGAAAGUGGUGUGUUUUGUCAAAGCCAAGAGCAUCGGACUUCGUCUUGCGGGUGGGAACGACGUUGGGAUAUUUGUGGCUGGCGUGCAGGAGGGCAGCCCAGCUGAGACUCAAGGCAUUCAAGAAGGUGACCAGAUCCUUCAGGUGAAUGAGAGGCCAUUCCAGAAUUUGACCCGCGAGGAUGCUGUGCAGAACUUGAUGGAACUGCCCCCAGGGGAAGAAGUGAUGCUACAUGUGCAGAACAAACAGGACAUUUAUAAGAAGAUGAUCAAGUCCAAUGUAGGGGAUUCGUUCUAUAUCCGUACCCACUUUGAUUUUGAGAAAGAUACGCCUUCUGGACUGAGCUUUACCCGGGGAGACGUCUUCCAUGUGGUAGACACGAUGUAUCGGGGCAAACUGGGAAGCUGGCUCGCUCUGCGGAUGGGAAAGGAACUUCAAGAGUUGGACAAGGGCAUCAUCCCAAACCGGAGCAGGGCAGAACAGAUCGCCAGUCUGGAAUCUGUUCUCAAAGCGACAUCAAGGACCUCCAGUGUUUUGGGGGCUCGAGCAGAGUUCUGGAAACUGCGAGGUCUGCGGGGAGCCAAGCGGGCGCUGCGGAAGAGCCGGGAAGACCUUUCCACCCUCACCAAGCAGGGCCACUACCCGCCUUACGAGAAGGUUGUACUCAAGGAAGCAACUUUUAAGCGUCCUGUGGUGAUCCUGGGCCCAAUUGCUGACAUUGCCAUGCAGAAACUGAGCACGGAGAUGCCAGAUCAGUUUCAGAUUGCAGAGAGUGUUAUCAGAGAAGGAGGACCAGCCAAAGUGAUCAAACUGGACACCGUGUGGCAAAUUGCAAAGCAGGAUAAGCACGCUCUGCUAGACAUCACACCAGCCGCUGUGGAGCGUCUCAACUACGUGCAGUAUUUUCCCAUUGUGGUCUUCUGUGAGCCGGACAGCCGGCAAGGAAUCAAGGCCAUGCGGCAGUGGCUGGCACCAGAUUCCAAGAAGAGUUCGCGGCGCCUCUAUGCGCAGGCCAACAAGAUGCGGAAGUAUUGCAGCCACCUCUUCACGGCCACCAUCAGCCUCGCCGGAGGGUCCAACAGCUGGUACCAGUCUCUGAAGGACAUUGUCCAAAUUCAGCAGGCCCGCCCUGUCUGGAUGACUGAAGAGCAGGUGGAUGCUUCAGCCGAGGAGAACCUGGACAUAUUAAACCAAACCUCGGCCAUCAGUCUUGGCGACCUGACUUGUGACAGCCGGGCCAACAGUGACUAUGAGGAGACGGACGCAGAGGGAGAACCGUAUACGGACCAGGAGCUCGAGGAGCCCUACCAGGAGGCUGCCCUGAGCCGUUCCUCGGAGCCAGCAGAGCAAAGCCUGGAUCGGGAGCUGAAUGAGCGCGUGGCAGCUGCUUUGGCCUACCCCAUUGACUUGCAUGAUAGCGAUCACCAACCCCAAGGACAGUGGCAGAGCAACUAUGAUAUCAGGGAAUAUGAACACGAAGCCCUCCGGAAAAAGUUCACCCAUGCUCGGGCUUAUGACUCAGAGUCAGACGAGGACUAUGGCUAUGACUGGGGACCUGCCACAGACCUGUGACCACACCAACUGCCACAUGGCAGCCUCCUGCAGUUUUCUUGGGUGGGGAUGCAACUUGCCAUUCCAAUGUGGGUGAAAGGCUUCAAGGCCUUUCAUCUCCUCUGCAGAGGAAAAAACUGAGGGAUGCGGCAAAAUUUUGAGCCACUGCAAGUUCUCAUCACCAUCUUUGCCUCCUGAUGCAGUUCUUGUUCCGGGAACAUGGCUUUUCUCUUUCACCGUGUUGCCUUAAGUUUUGGACACCCCAGAGCAGCCCAAAAGAACAAGCCCUCCAAGAUGGAUGUCUGGUCUUCAGUUGGUCCUCUCCAUGGUCCUUUAGCAGGGCAGUUCCUCUCAAACUGGAUAUCCGGUGACUUCAAGCUGCUUCUACCCUUUGAUCAAGACCAGGAUUUCCACUUGCCCUCUGGACAAAUUCAUAAUAUGGCUCUGAAGGGCUUUGCAACCAUUUUUAUGUCAUUCUGGAUCCAUUUAGCUGGAAUAACAAGCCUCAAGUCGGAUGUACAGUAUCAUCAUGCUACUUCUAUGCUUCAAGUGAGGCUAAGAACAUCUAUCUGGUCUUCUGACUUGAUGCACAAUGCUAGUAAUAAAGCACCCCAUGGCCAUCCUACAUCCGUUCACCAAAGAUGAGGACUGUCUCAAGAAUUUUAAACCUAGGCCUCAGAUAUUGUCUUUCCGCUUCACCACCAAAGAGAAGAGGACCCUUCUUGCUUAUAAACCACACUCCAUGUUUUAUCUCUGGAUCUUGAAUAGCCCAUUUUAUAUCUUCCUUCCAUACAUAUAUCACCAGCUAAUAUGAUUCCCUACAUCCCACUCAAGAGCCUCCCUCCCCAUCCUUUACUUCAGGCCUAGAGUGUUGCUGUGUAAUCUCACCCAACUGCUAAUUAAGGCCGAAAUUUCAUGAGCUUGCCAAUUUGAACUGUUAUGUAACACCCGAGUCUCAUUCCUUCUUGCUUGCAAUUUCUCAUGAUUUGGCCUUUUUAAAAAAGUUAAUCUGGGAGGUUACGCAUUUAUGGUAUUAUGGGCACUACUGCCCACUCAUGGUCUGUUUCUCUGGGACUCGUAUUAUAAUUCCCCUGUAUAAUUUGCAGUGGGGUAGUAGAAGGGAGACUUAAUUCUGCCCUUUUAAUCACGAAUGUGAAAGGGUCUUAAGCGUACCUAAUUACUUUUUUAUCUGUGUAACUUCCAUUUAGGGUUUCUCCCCCUUAUUGUAUUUUUUGUGCAUCUGCCCACACAUAGGUGCGCCCACUGACAAGGAGCAGCCUGGGAUGAGGGAACCUGAUUUAUUGCCUUAAUGUAAAUGAGACCUUCUCCAUAUGUGAUGAGUGAAGAUGGAAGAGCAGUAACUCUCCCAUCCAUCAUUUGUGCCUUUUGUAUUAAAGCAUUUCUUUUCAGCUAA